CAGGAUUAUCAUCACCGCAGCCGAGGUCAUUGAGCGGGUGGUGUCAUGUUCGCGUCAAAUGGGCAGCGCAAUGCGCCAGAAGUACCCGCCACUGGCAGUGGACACGCAGCGCAACAGACAGCUGGUGGAGGCUAUCUGCUGCGACGAGAUUGUCACGGGACGGCUGAGAGACCAUGAAAAACUACACAAAACGAUCACCCGCAGCUGGCUCAAGACAUCCGGGUGGAUGCGCUCCGACACCGAUGCCAGGAAGAUGUACCGAAAGCGUUCGGAAUACGGAUACAAGCACAUGAGCGAGGCCGAUAUCAGACGCAUGGGCAAUGUGAUCGACUACGUAUCGCAGGACUGGAAGCACUUCCCGGGUCACACUGUGACCAUGCCUGACGGCAGAGUGCAUGCGACGUCUGGCAUCUGUGCCAGGGGCAUACGGUUAGCACAGAAACUAGCCAAUCUGAUCCGGGCGUGGGCGGUGUUUCCCAUGCACCUGCUGCUGCGCAAGAACCUGCUGAGUGUUGCAGACGGCCAGAAGCUCACACUGCUAGUGACCCUGGCGGUGGAGUAUUGGACUAUGAAGAUGACCAGGUACGAGGAGUACAAACUCAAGAUCACACACAAGAACACGGUCAAGCUCAAGGCCGAUGGCAAGAGUUUCAUGACCAGUCAGGAGGUGGGCCAGAUCAUGGGGCGGGCACUGGUGCCAUCGGACCAGGAAAUGGACGGAAGCGAUUACAGCGACUGAUCUGGUCUGAUCCGGAAACGGAUGUGAAUUCGAGACGGAUAUGAAUGGGAAACGGAUAUGGAUGCAAAACAGAUAUGUAUGCGAAACACAUGUAUGCAAAACACAUGUAUGCAAAACACAUGUAUACGGGAACGGAACUGCUUAGGAAUGGGAUGGG